CAUAAGUUAUUGUUCUUGGUCGGUCCACAACAAUGGCGACCGGUUCAUCGACUCAAACCCUGGCGGUCGCCCUUCUCUUGCUCGCCGUUCAGGUGGUCCAGGCGGAUUAUUACCGGCCACGACCACCGCCGAGCCCUAGCCAUAAACGGUACGUCCCGAAGAUCCCGCUCCCGAGCCCUAACCCUAACCCCAUACCGGUCUAUCCGACCCCAACCCCGACCCCUCAGCCUCCUGCUGGCUCGUUGGCUCAGCAGUUCCUUGAGCCUCAAAACGCUGUCCGGGCCCAGCUUGGGCUGCAGCCGAUGGUGUGGGAUGGGCAGCUGGAGGGGUACGCGACCUGGUGGGCGAACCAGAGGCGAUACGACUGCGCACUCACCCACUCGACAGGGCCGUACGGAGAGAAUCUAUUCUGGGGAAGUGGGUCGGACUGGACGCCGGCUCAGGCGGUGCAGACGUGGACGGUCGAGGGAAAGUUCUACAACUACUACGACAACUCGUGCGGGGGCGGAGAGAUGUGCGGCCACUACACUCAGAUCGUGUGGCGGGACACCAAGCGGCUCGGCUGCGCUCGAGUCGUCUGCGACAAUGGCCUUGGCGUCUUCAUCACCUGCAACUACGACCCUCCUGGCAACUACAUCGGCGAGAAACCCUACUGAUUAAUUAAUUAUUUAAUUUACCUUUUUUUGGUGAUUAAUUAAUUUCUGUUUGAUUUUCUUUUUCUUUUCCAAAUUCUCGUGAGUUUCGUUUAUUUUUCCGUAGAAUAAUUUUACGGUUUGCAUGAAUCGUACGUGCUUGUUUGCCUUGAUGUUUUGGUGGGUUUAAUCGUGUAAAUGAGUGGUGAAAAGAUGUUUGA